AUGUUAUACCAGAUAGGCUUUUUUGCCUUGAUCGCGGGCACAGUGAGGGCCGUGGGUGAAGAAGAUCGUAUAAUUGGGCUACCGAAUGUCACGUUUGAUCCUACUUUCAACCAAUAUUCAGGUUACUUAAAGGCCUCUCCAGAUGGAAAAGACCUUUUCUUUUAUUGGUGAGUGUUGCGUAAUAUAAUUUAGUCAGUCAGAGCCCUCAGUUAGCCCUCUCACGAUUUAUAGUUUAGGUUGACUGAAGCCGCUGUGAAUUCAGAAACAGCCCCUUUGUUGAUCUGGCUGAAUGGAGGUCCUGGUUGUAGCUCCGUUGGCGGUCUCCUGGCGGAAUAUGGGCCCUUUUAUGUCACAAAAGAUGGAAAUAAUUUGGUGGAGAACAUCUUUGCCUGGAAUCGGGAAUUUAAUAUUUUAUUUCUUGAAUCUCCAAUCGGCGUUGGCUUCUCUUACGAGGUUGGAGAUCCGUUAAAAUAUAGCAUAGGGGAUGACGAGACAGCCGGUAAGACUUGUUAGAUUAGUAACCCGUAUUAUCAGACCUCAACUUUCAUGCGUUGGUCGACUUUUUUUCGAGAGUUCAGCCGAGAUAUAGGCAUAGGAGAUGGUUCUUGACUGGGGAAUCAUAUGCGGGAAUUUAUAUUCCUACCUUGACGGAGCUUGUUCUUGAGGCGAUCAGCGAAGAUCGUUUCCCAAAUCCCAAGUUCCAAGUGAGUAAAGUGCCCAGCUAUAAUUAAUUGCCUUACUUAGGGCUUGGCCAUUGGAAAUGGAUAUCUGAAUUCCCAGAACCUGACCAAUUCCCUGAUCCACUGGCAUGUUUAUCAUGGAGCUAUUGGGGUACGGUAAGUGCAGAAAUAAUUCCGUGGAGGGUUGAUUAUAAUAAUUAUUUAUUACUGCCAAUUUAUAUAAAUACUAAAAGUAAAAGGGCUACUGUUAGACCUAUGAUUAAAGGUAUAAAGGUUAGAAAAGAGAGGUGCGGCACUCGCUGCCGACUGGCAACGAGCCCGAUCACUCGACUGAUCUUUAUCCGGCGCUGUCGACGCGGAUUGUGAUUGCGAUCCGCGGAUCAAUAUAGAGGGGCGUAGCCCACGCCCUGACUGUACGCUUGAACUUAUGACGUCAUAAACGAUGAUUUCAGAGAAUGGUCCAAUAUAAAACACACAUGUUGCCCCGGGUUGGAGCACAUCGAGGAAUGCAAUUUCCAUGCCCAUAUUCGCGAAAAUUCUACUCAAAUCUGGGCCUUGGAUCAAUGUGGCAAAGAAUUCAUCGACGUUCUCAACAUGCCGGAAAAGUGAGCAUUAAAGAAAAUAAAAUGUCUCUUUCAGCCAAAAUGAAUACAACUAUUACCUCGAUUGUUACAAAGCGGGACAGAUCAGGUCGAGUAGGAGGUCUCUCAAACAAAACUCGUUACUUUUCACGGUAAGAUCUGUUAGUUUAGCAAGUUUCCUUAGAACUUUAUAAAUUAUGACACAACUGAUAAUCAAAUGGGAUUUCCUUGUUGGAACGAGGAUGCCAUGAAGGUUUAUAUGAACAAAAGAAAGGUUCAAAUGGCCUUACAUGUGUCUGAUGAGUGGAUGAGAAACCGGGAGACGGAAUGGGAAACUUGCAAGUACGUUUAAAAUAAUUUUAUAAUAUAAGAUUGCAGCGAUGACAUUACGGAUGACUAUAGACCCACCUACAGAGACACAUUUGAUCUUUUCAAGGGUAUCAUCGAUAAAUUAAUCAAGUUUAGGAAAAAGGUAUACUUCCGGACAUUAUUUCUGACCACCUUCUAUUUCGGUUGUUAGUUGAUCUACUUGCUCCAAAUUUAAGGAGCAGCAAAACAUUUGGUAAAAUGGAUUUUUUAUCUUUGCACUUUAAGUUUUCUGAACAUUUUCAAAAAGAUGGGAAACUAAACUUUCUGAUCACUAAGUAAUCAUUCGCAACUGCCGACAAAUGUUUGCUACGGGGCUAAAACUAUUGGUAUGGUAUAGCACAGACGUAGACGAAUUUAUUUAUGGCAAAAAAUCGGACAAUAGUAACAUAUAUACGUCGCAAAGUAUUUUGUGUUCUACUCAUUAUUUUUCUUACAUUAGUAUACGACUGCUAGUGGUGGGAUAAAGGGAUAAAAAGCGCAUCGCAUUUUUUAAUUGAUCACAUACAGUCAACUUCUAUCCAUCACACCGGCAGAGCAUCGAUCUGAGUGUUUCAAGCUCGGAAAAAAUUUUUAUUUUUUGGCAUAGGUUGAAGCGUACUAUCCGUCUCAUACGUGACAAGUAUUUAUAUUAAAAGUGAUUAUUCCACCUUGUUAGCCUCUCACGUCAGAAGCAAAGAGUCCCAAAAUAAUAUUAUACAAUUGGGAAAUUAAAAAAAAACUCCCGGUAGCAAGCGCGUAAGUGAAUAAUAACAGCUACGUUCUCGAGUAUGUAUUAAAGAGUACUGUAGAGAAUUUUCAGCCAGACUUAAUAAAAAACAAAAUAGUAGUUGUUGUCGUUUAGGGCAUGAUUUCAACCCGAAAAAGAGCGCUGCGAGAAUACUAAUUGCUUGAGGACACACUCCUAAUUUGGUAUUAUGGAUAUACUCACCGUACUUGUAGCUCUUUAGUUAUUUUAGGUGAUCAGAAAAUUUUGUCCACCAAUUUUUGGCAAGUUUGCAUAACUCACUUAAAGAGAUACGAAAUACAAUUUUACGUGGCAAAUUCUGCCCGCCAUGACUAGUAUACCUGCCAAGUUUUAAAGAGAUUGAGUUACAAUCACUUAAGAUAUGAGUGGUCGAAAAAUUUAUGUCCGGGGAUAUAGUUGAAGUACUGAUUUUUUAUACUGUUUUAGUUACCAAAGAACUUCCGGAUGCUUUUCUUUAAUGGGGACGUGUAAGUUCAAAAUUAUCGUAAAUAAUAUCCUUUAGGGAUACCGUGUGCAACUUCAUUGGUGUGUCAUGGCAUAUGGACAACGUCGCCCAUAAAAACGGAUUCAAAGCCGAAAAAAGAUCUGCUUGGGGAUUCAGGAAUCAAGUAGCCGGGUAUAUUCAAAAAUAUAAGAAAGAACUCAGUAAACACAACCAUAUCUCCAUUGACGUUCUCACAGUUAAAGGGGCCGGUCAUUUCGUGAGUGAUCGACCCGGUCCGGCCCUUCAGAUGAUCACCAAUUUUGUGAAAGGGACCGGGAAUUACACAAGGUCUGACGUCGUUCAUAAGGUCUUGAUCGAUCAGACAACUAAUACGGGGAAACAGAUCUUCAUCGAUUACUGUUUUGUUUGUAUAAUCUUUGUCCUUACGGUGUAUUUCUAA